UUCCAGCAUGGUAAACUGGUUCGUCAUUAUAAUGUUAACUGGUGGUGUUGAAUCUGAAGUGGGUAAUCUGACUAGUUGAUAAGAAUGUCGGUCAGGUUCGAGUCCAUCCCAGUUCUGGAUGUAAACAUAAACAACAUCCAAGUCCUUUGGCCAUCAUUAAUGAAAGCUGUGGAAUCAGCAACAUUUAUAGCAAUAGAUACAGAAUUAAGUGGAAUUGGUACCAGAAAGACACUAAUGGCCAAAUCAGUAGAGGAUCGAUACAAAGGAACUGCAGAAAAUGCUAAAACUCGAUCAGUAGUCUCCCUUGGUCUGUCCUGUUUCAAGCUGACACAUGUCGACGUGAAGCCCAGGACACAAACUGGAAACAUGUCAGACGAUUCGUUCCUCGAGGCCAGCCCUUCCUCGAGCUGCCAUACGUGGAACUUCUUAGUCCAGACGUAUAACAUCAUGGCUCUGUGUCAGGAAGAGUAUGUCGUGGAGCCGUCCUCCCUCAAGUUCCUGGUCGAGCAUGGCUUCGACUUCAACAAGCAAUACUCCUGUGGAGUAGGCUACUAUAGAGGCAAUGACAAGCCAAACCCUACAUCCAGUAGCAUGUGUCUGAGGUCUUUCUUCACAGUAUUGGUGAAGUCUCGGAAGCCGGUGGUGUUCCACAACGCCCUCACGGACCUAGUGUAUCUGUACCAGAACUUCUACGCCAGUCUCCCUCCAACCAUGUCCUCCUUUAUCGCGGAUCUGACGGAGAUUUUCGAGGGUGGCGUGUACGACACCAAGUACAUCACAGACUAUGUCCAUCGAAUGCCCGCCUCAUACCUGGAAUAUGUGUUCAGAAAGAGUCAGAGAGAUAACACACAGAGACAGAGCACAGAGAGGUCGUCUGUGACCAUCAACAUCCUGCCCUACCCCCCGAGCGAGACGGUCAACCACUGUCGGUGUGGCCUCCCCCCGGACAGCCUACAGGACAAGGACCCGGACCAGGACACCUUCCAGGCCAUCAAAGACCACAUCUGUCAGGGAUUCGCCGGACAUGGUUGGUGUUCUAGUGGGAACAGAUGUAACAAGUCACAUGACAUAGACCUGAUUCUAGACGUGGACCACCUGGUGCAAACACGAAAAAGUCGCAAACGAAAGCGGAGGAACCGUAACCAAAAUCAGGAGGAUGGAGACAGUGAUGAGAGCCAAGAACCAACCAACAAACAGUACACAAAGGACCAGUUUGAAGAAUUCUUGUCAAAGAGGCUCGGCGAUAGAGAGAUCUGCAAGGCAGGUUGCCAUAGAGCAGGUUUUGAUUCUUUCAUGACGGGAUUCUCGUUUGCAGUGUACAUUUCCAAAUAUGGAAGUUACAAUGGCAGCUUUUGUCUGGACGACUGUGGUAUGGAAGCUUUCAAGAACAAUGUAUACUUAAGUGGAAAAGACAUGCCCUUGUCUAUUGUGAAAAGUACUUUUUCCAAAACUUCUAAAAAUCAUAAAGAGAAGAUCAAGAAGAUAUCUGAGCAUGUAGACAAUUCUGAGAAAUUAUAACAUAAGUAUACAGGCUCCAUACAUCUCUUUUAGAAUCAUGAGGUCAUCAAUUUGAUGUUGAUAAAUUUCCUGUGAUAAGUACGAGGUUUUUGUUGGGUUACCGGUAGUCUUCCCCCACAGGCAGGAAAUGUCAUAUCUCUCUCUCUCCUACACAGUACUACAAUAGCAAACCAUAUCUGCAGAUCUCCUUCAUAGGAUCAGUACAUCAAACAAUCUCAGCUACAGAUUUAGAUGAGUACAAGCACAUAGUUUUACUGUCUACAUGUAGGCACAUAUUGGUACAUAUGUAAUUAAUUAAAAAAAAUUGUUUGGACUUUGACCCGAUGCUUUAUUUGUAAAGAUGGUUCUGCUUUGCUAUUCAAAUUGUCAACCCACACGUCGGAAAUGAUAAAAACAUCCACAUGUUAAAGCUUUUUAUAGGUCAUUUAUAAGAUUGAUAAAUAAAAAACAUGUACACUGUACAUGUACCUAUCAGCUUCUAUAUGGCUUUGAUAUCCAAAUAUGUACCUGAAUAUGAAUUUAUCAUAACAACCAUAUUUUUAUGUUGAUUCAUAAACACUCCCACUCCUAGAAAGGAAACGUGUGAGGCCAAAAUAUAUGUAAAAUUAUUGUUUGUUUGGAAUUGCCUCCUACCUCAUUCAAAUACUCAAUCAAAUACUCUCGCUGAUAGAAUUUUAUGAGCAAAAAAUAAAGAAUUUUACUAUAUUUUUCUUUGGACAAUGUUUACAAAUAAAUUAAAUUAAAUUAAAUAAAUUUGUCAAAAUAGCAUUUAAUUUCCCCUGUUUAUGGACAUUUUUGUUUUUUACCAAUUUUAAUAAGCUACAUAUAUAAACUUUUAGUUUGAAAAAAAAAAAAUCCCUCCCUCCUGGGUCUGGAAACUCCCAGGUGGCAAUUCCAAAUAAACAUUUUUUUGAAGGAUGGCCUGAUGAUAAAAUAUUUUUUUUAGGUAUAUAACAAUUAAUGCCAUAUUUUGUAAAUGCCAUGUGAAAGCGUACCAUUUAAAGUUUUCUUUUCUGUAUUGCUAAGCUAAUUUUUUACAGAAGAAUGCUGAUUCAGACUAUAUAAUACAUGUACAUAAAUUAUAUAUAGACAAUGUUUUUUAUAUUAAAUGUCGAAUUU